AGAAAUAGCUAAAAAAAAUCAGUAAAAAUCCAGUAACCCAUAAAAGUGAGCCUUUAGUUAUCUUUACAAGAAUACAGCUCAGAACAUGAAAGCCAUAGUAUUGUAUUUAAUUUUGGCUAUAGCGGCCACUGUGUCUAGUGCAGAUGAAUUUGAUGAUCAAAACCAAGAAUUACCUAAAGGAGAACAACAACUGGACCAAGAUCAACCACUAAAAAGUCUUCGACCAAGAUGUCCAACGGAUAAUUCCAAGGUGGUAUACAUCCCAGAUGCUAACUGUAAUAGGUUCUGGCAAUGUAGUAAUGGUGUUGCUAUUAGAAUGUCCUGUCCUGCAGGUCUCCACUGGAAUCGCAGAUUAAACGUGUGUGAUUGGCCUAGACGUGCGAGGUGUAUUGGAAGAAGAUUUGAUGACGCAGAUCAAUUAAGUGAUCAUGAUGAACAAAUAAUAGUAAAUCAAUUCCAGUUACAAGUAGAACAGGAUCCGAUUUCAUUAGUACCUAAAGGAGAAUUAACUUUGGAAGAUCAAGACAAACCGUUAGAAAGUCUGAGACGAAGAUGUCCUAGAGACAACUCCAAGGAAGUAUAUUGGCCAGACCGCAACUGCAACAUGUUUUGGCAAUGCAGCAAUGGUAUUGCUAUCAGACUGUCCUGCCCUAAAGGUCUUCAAUGGAAUCGAAGAUUAAACGUUUGUGAUUGGCCCACACGUGCGAGGUGUAUUAAUAGGAGAUUUGAUGAUGCAGAUAAAUUAGAUGCUCAGGAUCAAGAAACAUUACUAGAUCAGUUUCAGCUACCAGAAGAACUAGAGGAGGCCUCAUUGGUAGCUAGGGAGGAAUUAACAGCAGUAGAGCAAGACCAACCGCUACAGAGCUUGAGAAGAUGUCCUAGAGACAACUCCAGGGAAGUGUAUUUACCAGACCGCAACUGUAAUAAGUUUUGGCAAUGCAGCAAUGGUGUCCCUAUCAAAAUGUCUUGCCCUGAAGGUCUCCACUGGAAUCGCAGAUUGAACGUUUGUGACUGGCCUAGUCGCGCGAGGUGUGCCCGCAGGGUGUAGUGUAAUACAUGGAGUCACAAGAUUAUUAAUAUUAUUAGGGUAUAAUAAAUUUAUUAGCCCAGCAUUUUAAAACGUAAAAAAAAUAUGAUAUUUUAUAAUGUUGUAAAUAAUAUAUGACGUUUGUUUAUUUA